AUGGCUCAUCAAGAUUUGGAUAAAACUACAUCUGCAUCCCUGAUGCUGCCAAAAGAAGAUGAGAAGGUGGUCAUCAUAGCACCAAGUCAUGGAGGCAAAAUUUUGAUCAGAGAAGAUACGAUUUUAGCAAAUCUCCAAGGCUGUGCCGGUUGUGGUAGAACUCAAUUCGCAUGUUCGGGAGUAAAAAAACAGUGGUCAGCUCUAUGUUGGGGACAGCAGUCGGAUAAAAAAUAUUAUUGCUCGCUGUUAAUACUGUCUACAACUUUCGCUUUGAGUUUGAUUGGAACAAUAUUCUUCUGCUUCACUAACACUAUCAACGAUGCAAUAUUAUCGAAUAUGGUCAUAAGAAACAACACUCUCGCAUAUUCAAUGUGGCGGCGACCGAGCGUGCACCCCUUGAUGAAAGUUCACAUUUUCAACUAUACAAACACGAAACAAGUGCAGUCUGGUAUGGAAAGCAAGUUUAAAGUAGAAGAUGUCGGUCCCUUUGUGUAUGAGCAAUAUUUAGAACGAGUGAAUAUAAAGUUUGAAGGCGACAAGUUGAGUUAUCAAGAGAGAAAUAACUUUAAGUUUUUACCUGAACUCAGUGUGGGGCCACAGUUUGAUCAAGUAUACGUCCCUAAUUUGCCUCUACUGGGAGUCGCCGCUAAAGCAUCUAACAUGCCUUUCUUCGUUCAACUCGGACUGAUAUCAUCACUUAACACGAUCGCCGAUCACAAUGAUGCUUUUUUGAAACUUCCAGUUCAAAGAUUUCUGUGGGGAUAUGACGACACCAUCAUCAGUAUAGCGAAACCAAUCCUGAGCUUACAAGGGCAGUUGAACUUCGAUAAAUUCGGACUAUUAGUCACUAAAAAUGGCACCACAUCGGAUCGUUUCACGAUCAACACGGGAGAAAAUGAUAAGAAUAAGAUGAAUAUUCUUGAGAAGUUCAACGGUGAAGCACAAUUGCCUUUUUGGGGAAGCGCCGACUGUAAUAGUAUAGAAGCGUCGGACGGAACUAUUUUCCCGCCAUCAAUGCUGGAUAGAAACUCGUCUUUGUACAUCUUUUUCCCGAACUUAUGUCGACGUUUGCCUUUCAAAUAUAUAAGAGAUGUAGAGAUUGCAGAUGGCGUACAUUUAUUGCGAUAUGGGAUGCCUGAUGACGUCUUCGACGACCCAAAGAACAAUCCAGCUAACGAAUGUUACUGCGAAACAGACUCCGGUAUAUGCCCACCUCGAGGUGUUAUAAAUGUGACCGAAUGUGCUAUGGGUGCUCCAGCAUUAGCGUCAUUCCCGCACUUCCACCGUGGAGAUCCGAUGCUUAGAGAACAAAUCCUCGGUCUCGACCCAAAAGAAGGACUUCAUGACUCCUACGUAGACAUUCACCCUACUUUAGGGAUUGCAUUGAGCGGAAAAUCCAGUCUGCAGUUGAAUAUCCAAGUCAAGAAAACAGAUGCAUUUGGAGCGCUCAGGAAUUUGAAAAAUGGUCUGAUAUUGCCGAUAGCCUGGAUAGAAAUGUCUGUAGAAGAAUUACCAGAGAGUCUUCAGACGUUAGUAUACCACGGCACUUACUCGACUGCAGCUGCACAGUUGGGCCUUACAGUAUUCUUCGUACUCGCCUUAACUGUGUCCUCUUUAUGUUUAUUCGUCAUGAUCGUUAGAAGGAGAAGGAAACCUUGUGCGACCUUAAAGGUCAUACCAAUCGACGCUGAAAUGAAAUCUGAAUUAACA